UUGUUGAACAAGUGCAAACUUGAGAAAAAGGUCUUCGUAAAAUGAAUUUGUCUAAACUACUGCAUUCUUGGGGAGGCAUUGUUCGUGCUUGAGUAAAAGGUCUUCUUUCAGCAACCCUAUGCUUGGAAAGCUAGCACAUGGAUGAGAUUUGCUGUUGACGCUUCAAUAGAGCUUCAUAAGAAGUUGGUUAGUCUCAACAUCCAUUUGCUAAUGAAUCUCAAACCAAGUGAAGAGGCACGGAAAAGAUGAUUGAGGCUCUUCAUGAGGUGCCUUCUAGUUGAACCGUUUUCUUGGUAGCUUGCUUCAACUCAAUAAAUUGUGGUCGGUUUGUGUCUCUAGGAUGUCAUCCUCUCUUGUUUGAUAUCCCUAGGUGAGCAGUAGGCUUAUAGAAUAUGGAACUGCCAGUGCGCUGAUUCCGCAGCUAAUCCUGAUUUUGUGGCUUGACCCUUCGGAGAACUUAUGGAGCAGAUUCAUAUAGUAACUGAAGUCCCGGAUAGAAAGAUAGGAUACUGUGUGUUUGGCACGGUUCAGUUAGUUUGCUUCGGCUUUAGGUUGUUCAUGGUUCCUUGCUUUGGCGAUUUACUGAAUAGUGGGUUCAUGAUAUUCCUUCAGUAAUCUUUGAGGCCUGCUGAGCUUCUCAGGUAUACCAACACUUAUACAAUACAGAUGAACGAACACUUUUUUAGAAUGCCGUUUCAUUUGUUUCUGAGAAGGGAGCUGACGUAGCACAGUAGAAAUUCUACUAACCAGCACUUCUCUGAAAAAAAUUCUCAUGAAUUGUGUUUCACAAAUGGAAGUGCAUACGUGAUCCGCUGAAGUGAUACCAGAAUUUGCUUUGGUCGAUGAAGUGCUUAUAUGGAUUUGGGUUCAAGGUGCAUAAAGGGGCUGAUUUAGAGAAAGAGGCUCAAGCUAAAGGCAUUCCCAUUUGUCAAGCUCUGGACAUAGAGAUUCCACCUCCACGGCCUAAAAGAAAACCCAGUAAUCCUUAUCCUAGAAAAACGGGGAAUGGUGAAUCUACAUCACAGGUAUCCUCAGCAAAGGUUGUCAAACUUGAUUCAUCAGCCUCUUUUUCACAUUGUAAUCAGGCACUGGAUUUGGAAAAGAAGCCGUUCACUGAGAAGCCCAAUGGAGUUGAGAAAGUACCAAAUGGCAACGGAAAUCAGGAUGAUAACUGUUCAGGGGUUUCGGCCCGUCCCACUGAAGCUCAUUGUUCCUCCAUUUCUUCAGUUAACAAAUAUCCCUUUCCAAACAAAGCGGCUCCUAGGAAUCCUAGCUCCUUCCGGGAGUCUGAACCAGAUCUGACAAAGGCAACUGCAGAUAAUGGAACUAGUAAGACUUCAAAUGCGGACAAUUCUUGCUACUCACAAGAUAAUGAUGCUAACGUCUUGCCCCACAUAAGCAUUAGCAAAGAGGAUAAUGGUGUUAAUGGCUUAUCGCCCGUUGGCAAUAUGAAUGGAAUUCAGAGCUACCCUUGGCAUUUUCCAGUGCAUGUUUUGAAUGGGAAUGUCGGAACAUACCCUCAAAAUCCUCCAGGUAUGGGAUUUCAAGACUUCAUGUUUCGUCCUGUUGGAGAAGUUCAUGGACACUCUGGCUUAUUUACGAUUCCAUCUACUUCUGCUACUUCCCAACAUCAAGACAACGUGCCUAGAUCUUCUCGUCAAGCGUUUCCAGCUUUUCACCCUGCUUUUGUCCCUGCAUGCCAUACCCAGGAUGAUUACCGUUCAUUUCUCCAGAUCUCGUCCACAUUUUCCAAUCUUAUCAUGUCAGCUCUCCUACAGAAUCCUGCAGCCCAUGCUGCAGCGACCUUCGCCGCUUCAUUCUGGCCUUAUGGAAACGUCGGAAGCUCGAAUGAUUCAUCUACAUCCACCACCAUCCAGACAGAUGGAGCAUUUCCACCAAGACAAAUGAGCUCUCCUCCUCCAAGUAUGGCUGCAAUCACUGCUGCUACAGUCGCUGCUGCAACCGCUUGGUGGGCUGCCCAUGGACUUCUUCCCAUAUGUGCUCCUUUCACAUGCUUACCCAUGUCGGCUCCCAUUGUUCCACCAUCAGUUUCCGCCCAAACUGAGUUGCCCGAGACAGAUAAGAAAGAUGCGGCUACUGCAAAUCCUCAACAGCCAGCCAUGGAACAGGGUGAAGCUCAAGUUUUGGCUUCACCAUUUGAAUCUGAUGAUGACUUGGAUGAGAAUGGAAGAACCGAGCAAGAUACGGGAUUGAAAACCGAAGAUCACAAGGAGAAGGUUGUUGAAGUACAGGAACAAGUGCAAGAUUCAAACACGACCCAGAAGAAAAAGCAGGUGGACCGCUCUUCAUGUGGUUCAAAUACACCUUCAGGGAGUGAUGUGGAAACAGAUGCUUUAGAGAAAGCAGCCGAGAAAGAUAAAGAGGAGGAUGUGAAGGAAACAGAUGGGAAUCAGACAGGUACUGAGUCAAGUACACGUCGAACUAGUAGAAGCAAAGACAACUCAAGUGAUUCAUGGAAGGAGGUUUCGGAAGAGGGUCGAAUGGCGUUUGAUGCUCUCUUCGCGAGAGAGAGACUUCCACAAAGCUUUUCACUGGCCCUCGACGUGGAAAAGGAAAGCCCGGAGAAAGGAAAGGGGAACAGGGAAGAAAGGGAAAGGGAAAUGGCGCAUAAAAGCAAGAUUCAAGAUUCAUGUUCAAAGGAAACAGCAUCAAGAAGUGAAGGAAAUGGAGGAAUAACGAUAGGAAUAGGAGAAGGGAAAAGCUUGAGGGCAAGAAGAACAGGGUUCAAACCAUACAAAAGGUGUUCAAUGGAAGCAAAGGAAAGCAGCAGCCAGGCCGAGGAGAAAGUCUCCAAGAGGAUUCGUUUGGAUAGCAAAGCUUCCACAUGACAUGCUCUCUUUCACCGCAAACGAAGAAGAAGACAUUCGUUUUGGCUGGCAGGUAAAAUUCUCCCCAUAAUCUCACUAGAACUGGUUCAGUUUCAUGACUUUUUUUUUGCAUUGUUAUUAUAAUUAUUAUUAGAUAAUGAACAGACAUUUCUAUGGCGAUUGUCAUUUUUGUACAAUGUUUGAUGUCUUUUUUUCUGUUGUCUCUCUCCAUCUGAAUGCUACAUUUGCCCUUCUGCUC